UUAAAUGCCCAGAAGCUUCAACAAAGGCUCGUUUUGAUGACAUGAUGCAAGUGUGCCGUGUAGCCACACGUGACUAGAGCCAGGGCUUGAAAGCUCACCCGGUCGGGGAGUGCCAUAAACCAGUGCUCCUAUAGUUCUAAUCUCGAGACACAGACCAUGGACACCUUGGAUAGACUCACAGCCGACCAGAGAGACAAGUUACAGAACUUUCAGGCAAUUACCAAUCAGGAAGAUCUCGACGCUGCCUUGGCGAUACUCGAAAACCAUGGCUGGGAUCUUCAGCGAUCUGUGCAUAGUGUGUUCGAAGAAGUGGGCACUGAUGACCACCUUCCAGAGGACGCACCUCAACCAGCUUCCUCCACUUCAACUAAUAGUACGACUUCUGGUGGCCUACAAAGGCAGACCGUGUCGCUAUGGACAUUGCUGACUCUUCCUGUUACCCUACCGCUGCGGAUUGCAUGGGCCAUCCUUUCAUACGCAGCCAGUUUCCUGCCUCCAAGUCUCCGUCCGAUACCACGCCCACCAGCGGCACAAACCACACGCUCAACAACUCCCCGCGAUCUCAAAGCAGCAGCAGCAAGGUUUCUGCUCGACUUUGAGCAAAUCUAUGGCACCCUACAUCCACAGUUCUUCCAGGGAACGUACACUCAGGCACUUCAAAAAGCAAAGAGUGAGAUUCGAUACCUCCUUGUCUAUCUUCAUUCUCCAGAGCAUGAUGACACUAGUGGAUUUUGCCGCCAAACACUUGGAUCAGAGAGUCUCUCAUCUUUCUUAAUCCAAAAAAACAUCCUGGUAUGGGCUGGUGACGUUCGCAAUUCGGAAGAAUUCCAGGUCAGCAAUAUUCUUUCCGCCACCAAAUAUCCCUUUCUCGCGAUCAUUGCUCCGCAUCAAUCAAGCCUCAAGGUUGUGGAAAGAAUAGAAGGUCCUUGUUCCCCUGAUGAAGUGAUUGCUGCUGUUACACGUGUAAUUGAGCAAGUAGACCCCCAACUACUCUCCAUUCGCGCCGAACGUCAGGCGCGGGAGCAAGCGCGGAUGAUACGAGAACAACAAGAUGAGGCGUACCAGGCAUCACUUCGAGCUGAUCAAGAAAAGGAGCGAAGAGCUCGCGAGGAACGAGAAAAACAAGAAAAGGAGCGUGAAGCGGCUGAAAAGGCGGAAAAGAACCGAGAAGCUCGCAUCGAAGCCAAAAAGAAGCGAAAGCAGCACCUGACAGAUACACUACCCGCUGAACCGGACGCGUCAGAGUCCCAACUGUCUAAACUGAGCAUUCGAUUACCCAGCGGCGAACGAGUGGUGCGGCGGUUCCGAGCAGAUGACACAAUGCAGAACUUGUAUGACUUUGUGGAAACACGGGAUCUGCUCCCAUUGGAAUUUGAUGUCGAUUUUGUGAUUGUCAAUACGUAUCCCCGCAAGGUCUAUGUGAAUAUGGAAGAGACGUUGCGCGAUGCCGGGCUAGUGCCGAAUGCGAGUUUAGUGGUGGAGGAGAAGAUUGAGGAAGAUGAAUAGUUGUGGUCAUGUCAUCUUUGUACGCUAUACGCCCUUCUUGUUAGUUAGAACUAGGUACGGGGCGUCAAGCGAGCAAUCGGCUUUUAUACUGAGACUUGUCUUCUUUCAAUCUAUUGGAUGCAACACAUGAAGGCGAACUGCAGAAGAGGUACUAGCACCACUUGUAGGUGCUCAAAAUCAGUAGAGAAGCAAACUAAUGUAUUAUUUACAUUGGAAACAUGCGGCUUUUUCAGAGUCCCUAGCACUUUUUUCACAUCCUAUUACCUCAAAUCAAAGGCUUUGGAGCAAGUUAUCUCGGCC